ACCUGCGGAUUCAGUAAAGGAACAUCGUCGUGUUUUGCUUUUUUUUGAAACCACAUGUCGGUUCAAUACUUAUAGAAACGGAGAGGGGUGCAGAAUGAGAGAGAGGGAGAGUGUGUGCGUAUAGAAGGUACGUCGAUCCAUCCGUCAAUGAUUUGUAAAUAAGAAUCAUACAUCUGUGUGUUUUAGGUGAUGGUGUAGCUGUAGCGAGGAACCACAUAACCGCACCACACCCGAAUUCUUCAUUCAUUCUGGAUUCCGAGAUAAACUUGCUGUAGGCUUUCCUUCUGUUAGGAUGUGCUGUUGAUUUCGAUUUGUGUUGCCUCGCAUUCGUUCCAAGGUUUACCUAUGCGGGGUCUAGCUUUCCUGACCUAGGACUCAGCAUUACUAAAGUCAAAAUAGUCAAAAGUUCAGUAGAUCUUCUGAGAUCCUUUUUAUCUACUAGAAAGUUGUGGCUUUAUGUGCUGAUUCUUUCAGAAAUUGGUUCAUUUGUAAUACAUAUAUUGUAUUAAUUGGGUGAUGAAACAUACGUUGUAAAACAAAACAAAAGUUUUCUUAAUUUCCUGGAUAUAAGAAGAAAAAGUGUGGAUAUUGAUACUAUAAGCUUUUCUGUGUGAAGUUUUCUUCAAAUGAUUGCUGGUUGCAGUCAGAGAAGAUUGUUUGCAGAUUUAAUCAUUAUACCUUUUGUUGGCCUUUGAAAGCAUCAAUAUAUAUAUAUAUUAAACGAAUGCACCCUUUUGGCAUGUGGUGCCAAACUUUAUGUUCCGCAGCAAGCGAAAUUCACUCGUGAAGCGCCUGUGGAAGUACAAAAUAAACGAUGAAACCAGGGGUUCGUCUCAAAAAGACGCCUCCAGAUCAUCAUCCCCAUCAACACCAGCAUCAACCACGCAAGAGGAAUUAGAGCUUAAAACGGCCACACAUUCUUUCUUUAAGAAGUUGAAGGAAGAACAGCUCCAAGUACUCCUCCAAGCAAUGGAGUCCCGUGGUGGUGAAAUAACUCCAUGUGUACCCGUGGCCAAGUCAGAAAUCCGCGUGGGAAAACACAUGGUGUCACCGUAUAACCUGUGCUGCAGAGUAUUUAGAUGGCCGGAUUUAAAAAGUGAUGCAGAAAUGAAGCGAUUACCAAAUUGUACAUUUCAAAAUGACGAGAAAGAUGCUGUGAUAUGUUGCAAUCCAUACCAUUGGAGUUUAGUUGUCAAAAUAGAUGAGCCAACCAUUUAUACUGAUAAACUUUUGAACUUAUCUUCACAUUGUUCUAGAAUUGAAGAUCCAAAUGACAAAUAUCAAGGCCACUAUUCUCCUAGGAUUAUGGAGUCUACAGAUACAACUGGAUUUACGUCAUGUGUCUGUCAGGAUAAUAGUUCAGGUAAUACAGAAGAACAUAGCUCUGAACAGAAUCAUAUGUAUUGGUGCACUCUGGCAUAUUGGGAGCUACGGGAAAGGGUUGGCCGUUUAUUCCAGGUUUCCGAGCCCAGUUGUCAUGUGUUUCAGCAGCUGCCCCAUGGCAAUGGGGUGUGCUUAAGACUUUUCCAGAAGCCCACAAAUGAUGAGGCAGUGAGAAGAACCAGGGAGAAGAUCGGGUUUGGAAUCAUUCUUAGUCGAGAGGCUGCCCAUAGAAAUAAUGUCAACUUGUUGCGGAGAUCUAAGGAGGAUGAUAGGGUCAGCAACGCUGUUCAAGUUCAGCAGAAGUCAUCCUCUGCCCAGGUGUCCCCGACUUCUAGUAGUUCUAGUGGCUGUGGUAAUAAUAAUAAUAAUACAUCAUCUACCUCAAUAUCUACAUCUCUGUGCCUGGAAGACAGGGGCCCUGAAGGGGGGUACCCCAUUUUUAGAAAUGGUUGUGAAUGUGGGGCGUGUAUAGACCAUUCAGUCCUGUGUGGACAUAGCAGUCACUGUGGCCAUGGCCAGCCCAGGACAAGUGACUACAUUGAGUGUGAUACAGGUCAGAUAUGGGAUGAAUCCAUGGAUUACUCGCAAAAUGCUAUGACAAUACCUCCCUCUUCCCCUGGUUCACAUCUGCCCUCCCCAUCAUCACUUUCAUCAUCGUCAUCAUCACCCAUGUCUUCACCUCCAGCUUACUUCAGCAGCGAUGCUUUUGUCAUGACCUCAGGAAGCCCAUGCUCAAGGCAGGUCCCACCUCUGGAUGCUCACUUGCAGACUGUCAACUCCAGCAUGAAGAGGACGUCUAGCAACAAAAGAACCUCCCCCAUGGAAGCAGACAGCAGCAGCAAAAUGACAAAGUCACUGCCCUCUAAGCAGCCUAACACUUCUAUAAAACUUCAAUUGAAGGAUGAACAAUCAUAUAGCCAACCUCCCACUGUUCACAGCUCCACAGAAUUACCUUACAAGCAGGGUGAGGUGUGGGCCUACAAUGCCUCAAAUUUUCCUAUAUUUGUGAAUUCACCCACUUUGGACAACCCUGAGUCACCAAAGUCUCUUGUAGUGAAGAAAGUUCCGCCUGGAUACUCCAUUAAGAUAUAUGACUAUGCCCGCGCAGAACUUUUGGAACACACAGAAGCUAGGCGCAAGAUGCGGAAGGAUGGACCCUUUGACCCAUGCAGUGUUAGGAUUAGCUUAGCUAAAGGCUGGGGACACAAUUACUCGAGACAAUUCAUUACAUCCUGUCCAUGUUGGCUGGAAGUGUUUUUUGGAGUGUGUCGACGGAAUUCAAGUUCCUGAUAUGAGCAUUAGCCUUGUUGAAAUUGUAAAUUUGUUGCCCAAAUGGCUGUAUUUAUACAAGUCUCUACUUUAUCCCAUUAUUUUAGUUUAAUCACAAGCGCUCCUACUCCCCCUCACUUUUAAGAGAAAACUUUUAUUAAAAUGUCUUGUGUUGCCAUUUUGUUAUAGCCACAUUUCUUUAGGUUUAUACAGUAGACUUCAAGUUUUGAAUGGCCAGUUUGUAAUGACAUUGUUUUUUGUUUUUUUUUAAUUAUUAUCUUUUAUCUUUGUUACUCCAGUCAGUACAUUUGAUACAAUUCUGAAGCUCAAAUUGUAUAGGUAUAACAUUUGCCAGUCUGAUGUGUUUGUAAAAUUUUGUUUUUGUAGUAAUGUAAAAUUACAUAUCUUAAAGGAAGGUAUAUUUAUUACUAUGUUGUUUAAAAAUGUUCUUUUUAAAACUGUAGAAAAAUUAAUAUUUAAAAAAAAUUAAGUUGACAAAAUGUUUGCACCUUAUACAAAAACAAUAAUUAACUUUUAUCCUUAAUUUCAAUAAGAUGCUAUACAUUUUGUUUUUAAACCUGACAAUAAGAGUAUUCCAUUAGAAUUUUGUUUUAAAGGUCAUUUCUUUUAAGCGAAGAUACUUCGACUAAAGUACUAAGCCGUAUUUUAUUGUAGACAAUAUUUACACUCAAAAAGAUAUGUGUCUGAAGCGAUUGUUCUUGUAGUGCCCGCAGGUGUGGUGCAAUUAUUUCUUGCGCCAACAUAAAACGUAUGUUUACAUCCGUUCUCCCCUGUAGCCCUCCGAACUUGUUAACCAGUGCAAUAAAAAUACACAAUUGUUUGAGUUACAGGGAAAUAAAACAGAAGGAUUGAGGAAAAUAGUGAAGGUGGGAGAGGGGGGGGGGAUCUUGUGAAUGCUACUUGGGAAACAUCUACCUCAUUAUACGUUGAACUAGUUCUAAGUCACAGAUUUAAUGAUUGCAUUGACACUUUAUGUUGAGAGCACUCCAGACUUGUAGUAUGAAAAGUCACAUCCAUAAUCUUUUGGUGCUUUGUAGAUAGGUCAAAUCGCAUUAGAGUUUGGAUAAUGUUGAGUAUUUUACUUACCUAUUGUCAGAAGUGGUUUAUUAAAGUAUAAAAUUUAUAAUU